UAAUGUGUCAUGCAAGAAUUCGGAGAGGCGGACGCGGAGGCGGAGACCACGGGCGGCUGUAAACUGGAGCGAGAGACAUGUCUUGGGUACAUGAGGUAAGGUACACUGGACGGAUGCCGUACGGGAUAAUAGUAAGCAACUAGACCAUGGAAACUGUAGCACAGGUGCCAGUGGUGCUAUGGGAGGAGAUGCCUCUAAGGUUGCCGUCUUCGCACCGAGUUGGGUUGAAGCUACGCAGUUUACGCAGGCUGGCAGGACCCAAUUCAGGCUCAGGGAAAGGGAGAUCCAUCAACCAGUGAACCUAAGGUGGGACGAGAGGUGUGCACGCCAUCCAUUCUUUCGUCCUUCCUCAGUACUUUCAUAGGGCAAAUGGACCUGCUGUUUGCCUGGUCUUGAGGCAUCAAGGUACCUAUCUUCCACCACCUAUAAGGUACCGCCAUGACAUGUGUAUUGUCAUGACAUGUAUUGAAGAGAGAGGCAAAGAGACCGGGACUGAUAGAGAAAGCUGCGUGCCGGCGCGGAGAAGAAGAAACGGGCUUUCGCUGGGCAGCAGCCAAUGAUAAUCACAAAGUAUUAAAGUUACUUGGCACACCCGCCGCCGCCGCUGGUCGGUAUCAGCAAAUACCGCAAACCCAACCGCGCUAGUCUCAUUUGCCGC